AAGACGUGCAAAGAAAAACUAUUCAUGGUCAUCACUUUCUGUGCUGCUAAUUUUUUUAUUGUCCUCGCUUAUUCUACUUUGGCUCCAUUCUUUCCAACUGAGGCUCAGAAAAAAGGGAUAAGUUCGACAUUUGUUGGACUCGUUUUCGGAUCAUAUGAAUUGGUUCUGCUCAUAGCAUCCCCAUUUUACGGAACUUAUAUAAGUAUUGGUGCGAAGUUUUUGUACAUAGCAGGACUGUUACUCUGUGGUGUUUGUACAAUAUUAUUUGGGCUGAUCAAGAAUGCACCUAAUGGAACUCCAUAUUUAGUGCUUUGUUUAAUCAUUCGAAUGUUCGAAGCUCUUGGUGCGGCAGCAUUUGGAACUGCAAGUUUUUCUAUGAUGGCCUACAAUUUUCCUAAGCAUAUAGCAACUAUGUUUGGUACGUUAGAAAUGUUUAAUGGACUAGGACUGAUUGUUGGCCCACCCGUUGGAGGUGCACUUUACGAAUUGGGUGGUUUUACUACACCUUUUGUUGUACUUGGAACUUUGAUGUUAGCAAUUGGGUUAAUCAGCAUUUACCUGUUGUCACCGCAUAAAGGAGGUGUUUUAAAACUUUUAACUACACCACUCAUCACGUUAACGUGUUUAUGCCUGUGUGCGGGUUCUUCUAGUUUUGUUUACCUUGAUGUUUCGCUAUCGAUACAUCUAUCAGAAGUUUUUCACCUGUCGCCUUUUAUGGUUGGAAUGGUCUUCUUAACCGAAUCUAUGGCCUAUUGUGUUAUGUCACCAAUAUGGGGAAGAAUUGUGGAUUACAAGGUGAACAAAUAA